UAUGUUUUAUAAGUGUUACUGCUAUAUUUCGUUUCUUUUCAUUUUCUGUGUAUUUUCAUUAUUAUUACCGUUGAGUGCCACCAGAGGGCGCUAUAGUGUAAGUGAGCUUUGUAAGAAGAAGUAGAGGUUAAUUUCCUCGGAAGAAGCGAUCUCUCGAGAGAUCGAAAGAUGCGUGACUGAAGCGUGGUCACAAAGCUAAGUUGUUAAGAAAGAUAAGAAACAAUAAGAAGAAGAAGACGACUGAAACUAAUUCCUCUCUCGGUACUCAGCCAACGAGUUUUCACGGUGUGUUUAUGAGUCUGAACAAGCUGGAUUCAAUAAAUUCAUCAGUUGAGAAAGCCACUUGUGUCUGUUGGUACCUGGAGGAGUUACAGUGAAAACUCGACUGAUCUGCGCGAGUGGAGGCGAGGCGGCAUGAUCAGAUGAGCAGCAGUCUUGCCACAGCGUGAUCGGCACGUGCACGGAGCGGGCGCGCGCACGAGACCAAAGCGGGAUUUGAAGACCAACACUUUAAGAUAAGGCCAUAAGAAAUGCGGACAUUCAUAAGUUAAGAGUUUGUCUGAAAAAAGGAAAACAAAACGCAAGUUUAAGGUUGAUUAAUCAAACUGUGAUUUAAAGUAACGUUUUGCUAUUCCUAAUUUUGUUUAUUAAGCCACAUUGUAAGGUCUAAAGCACUUAAGUUUAAGCAUCAGUAGGCUACAUUUGUUUUACACUGGCCUAUUUGUGCCAAGAAUGAGAAAUGUGUUUCAUGUGAACAGUUUAAAUGUGAAUAACUCUUAUUUGAAUACGUUUUUGGUAUAUUUAAGUUGAAAGGGUUAAGUUACUUUCACAUUACUGUAUAAAGAUUCAGUAUUACAUUUUUAUUUUAUUCUGCCUUUAUAUUUCAAAUGUCGACUGUCUAGGGGUGACUUUUAGUUUACAUAAACAUUUUUGCUGUUUAGUGACAAGUGACAGACGUUAAAAUGACUGAUCCAAAUACACCAUUAAUUAGUACAGAACCCCAAAGUCAGUCUGAAGAAACCCAAGGUACUGAUCCUAGUGAGCAGCAAGACUCAGUACAACUUAGAAGAAGUCAGAGAGUGAAAACACUCACAGAAAAGGGAAGAGAAAUGCAGGAUGAGAAGAUUAAAGGACUCCAGCAAAGAUUUAACUACAACUACGAAAAGUGGAGAACACAUGCAAAGGCAUCCAAAGUACCCCUCUCUCAACCAGGACCCUCAAAUAAAGACAUUCUUGAAGAUAUAACUGGUGAUAUUAGAGGUCUUUGUGCAGAUGUCACAAAGGUUUAUGAUGAGUUACGCAAGCUCACCCCACCGGAUCAAGAGACACGUCGCAGAGCAGAUCUGUGUGUGGAGAUCUCAGGUUUCCUUGUGAAUAAAGCAACUUGCCGAUUGGAAGGAAGAGAGGAACAAGAUUGGCCGGAAGCAGGCUCCCUCUUUCAAACUACGAGCAGUAAGUCAAGCUCCUUCAACAUAACUAAGAACUCAUCUGAGCAUUCACAUAGAUCCUCUGUAAAACAUCAAGAAGCUGCCGCAGAAGCAGCAGCGAGUCAAGCUGUUCUAAAAAUAUUAGAAGAACAACAAAUGGAACAGCAAGAGAUAGAAAGACUAGAAGUUGAAGUCAGGAAAAGAGCAGUGGAACAAGAAACACUAAUUAGACAAAAGUGCUUAGAAAGAGAGGCUGAAGAAAUUAGAAAGCGCUUAGAAAGAGAGGCUGAAGAAAUUAGCCUAAGAAUGCAGAGAGAAGCAGAUGAAGCAAAGUUUAAGGCUCAACAAGAAGAAGAGUAUGCAGCUCUGCAGAGAACACUUGAUGAAAAGAAAAGAAAGGUACAGCACCUGGAAAAGGUCAAAGAUCUCAAGGCAGCACAAGCAAGGAUGCAGGUUUAUGACCAAAUGAGUGUAGCAGAAGUGCAAAGGGUCGAUGUAACAAAGAUUAAUACAGAAAUUAGAGACGUUGAACAUGUAAGCUUUCCAUCUCUGCUUGAACAAGUCUCACCCCAAGCUGCAGGCACUCCUAAAGGUGAUGGUACAUCAGAUUUAGUUAAAGUGCUAGCAAGUGCACUAAGUACUAGUCGUAUCCCUGUUCCGGAACCUACUGUGUUUUCUGGGGAUCCCUUAAGUUACAGUGACUGGAAACUGUCAUUCCAAACACUGAUAGACCAAAAGAAUAUCCCUAACAAGGAGAAGAUAUUACUUCUCUGGACAACAGUAAAGGACGUCACCCCUUCGAACGUUAUCAAAGCACUUGAAGGAGACUUCUCUGAAAGAGCCCUUGAUGGCAACCCUGUGCCACAUGAAGAACCUGAAGAGGAGAAAGAUAUCAAAAGGUCUCUCAGGAAAAAGACAGCGCACCUGAAACCAACCAGACUCCAAAAAGACCUCAUGAAACCAUCCCAGAAGGUCCAUGAGGAGCCGAAACCCUCUGAGGACCAGGAAAAAAGGAAACCUCCCAAGGAAGUGUUGGAGAUCCCUCAGAAAAAACAAGUUGACGAAUCUUUGGGAGAAGACAAAGUCAUCAAGACACCCCUGAGAAAAGAGAGAAAGUUUCUGAAACCAAGAGAAGACAAAGACAUCCAGAAACCUUCUCAAGAAGAUGAAAGUAAACCUUCUGAGAUGAAAGAGGAGAAGAAACCUCCCAAGGAGGAAAAACCUGAAGAUGUCAUUUCCAGGGAACCUGAGAAGCCUUCCAAGCAAAAACCAAAGGAACCCUCCAAAGACGUUAUGAAACCGUCCAAAAAAGAACCGGAGAAGCUCUCAAAAGUUGUCAAGGUGACCACCAGAGAAGAUACAAUCGACACUUCCAAAGUGGUCAAAGAAGUCAAGAAGACUCCAAAAGAAAAACCUGCACCGAAAGCGGAUGUUUCCAAGAAACCUUUCAGGUUCCUGAGAGUCACCAAAAAGCAAACAGCGCCAGUUCUCAAAAAAGAACACGUCAACGUGACAAAAGAAAAAGUUCCCAAGGUGAAAGCCAAACCAGAACCUUUAGGGAAAGAAAAUGAAGUGAAAAAACCUCAGAAAGAAGUCAAGAAAGAAGACACAGAGGUCAAAGUAACUUCAAAGGAAGUCACAAAGCCGCAGAAACAAGACAAGGAGGUCAAAGUACCUCCUAAGGAAGCCAAGAAACCUCCAAAGAAACUCAAAGAACUUCCAAGCCACGAGAAGGAAGUCAGGAAACCAAAGAAAGAAGAGAAGUCGGUCAAAGAAGUGACUAAGGAUGAGUUGAAAGUAAAAGAGGACAAGGGUGUCCUUAGCAAACCUCCUAAAGAACAAAAGCUUGAAGAAGCUGAAAAACCAACCAGCGAGAAGCUUCCCAGAAAAAUAAGAACCAUCAAAGAAGCGCAAGAGAAACCACCGAAGGAAGGCAAAGAAGACAAGAGGCGUCCUCGGGAAGAUGUCGACAAAGCUCUCAAAAGGGAACGUCUCAAAGAAGUUGAGAAACCCAUCAAAGAAGCAAACAUGUCUUCAGUGGUCCUUCAAGAAACUAAGAAACCACUUGAAGGUGGUUCCGAAGUCAAAGACAAGAGAACGUCUUUAAAAAGAUUUUUCAAAAUCCAUAAAGAAGUCCCAGAAGCAAAGAAAGUUACCAAAGAUGAGAAAGAAGGCAAAACACCUCCUUAAAAGGUGCUGUUCUUCAGGAGAACUUCCAAAGAAGCUCUCAAAAAGACACACAGAGAACUUAAAAAUGAAACUGAAGUCAAAAAGCCUCCUGAAGAGGAAAAGGAAAUCAAGAAACAUCUUAAAGAGGAUCUUCAGAAACAAGAAACACGAGAUUCCAAGACAACCAUUACAAAGACAGAAGUGGACUGCACACAGAAGGAAUCUGAAGGUAAAUGAUGUAGUGCUUCUAAAAGAGGACAUGGCACCACGUAAUGAAUGGAAGCUAGCCAAAGUCACUGAUGUCUAUCCAGGAACCGACAACAAAGUGAGAAAGGUUCGACUUUUGGUUAGUGAAAGGACACAUGACAAACACAGUAAACUUGUGACUAAAACAGUCUCAUUAGAACGACCUAUUCAUAAAGUUAUUGUUUUGCUAGAAGCUGACUAAGGGCUUGUGUGUAUUUUCAUGUUCAGUUUGUCAGCCUGAAUGUAAUUCAUAGGAAUCCCACAGCAAGAGUUGUGAGAUUGGUGGGAGUGUUACUGCUAUAUUUCGUUUCUUUUCAUUUUCUGUGUAUUUUCAUUAUUAUUACCGUUGAGUGCCACCAGAGGGCGCUAUAGUGUAAGUGAGCUUUGUAAGAAGAAGUAGAGGUUAAUUUCCUCGGAAGAAGCGAUCUCUCGAGAGAUCGAAAGAUGCGUGACUGAAGCGUGGUCACAAAGCUAAGUUGUUAAGAAAGAUAAGAAACAAUAAGAAGAAGAAGACGACUGAAACUAAUUCCUCUCUCGGUACUCAGCCAACGAGGUAUUGUUUGUAUGUUGUAUUUGUCAGAAUCGUUUUAUGUGUUAAAUGUCUUUCUUUUGAGCUAAUUGUUUGUUUUGUGCUUUUAGUUUUCACGGUGUGUUUAUGAGUCUGAACAAGCUGGAUUCAAUAAAUUCAUCAGUUGAGAAAGCCA